UGCGUCGUCUGUAAUUAAAAACUGCGGCAAAGAAGAUAAUAACACAAAUUCUACAGCGUUUUAAACACAUUCUUUUCUUCCGUGCUACACAUUUCGUCAGUAAAAUUUUCGUCAAAUUUCAUUCGUUAUGCCUGUGUUUAUUAAUAGGAACAGUUUAUAUUUAAUUAAUCACCUGAAAACGAUUUCGGGGAGAAACUCAGUGUCUCGUAUGAACAAAAACGUAUUUAUUUACAACGUUUUUCGUCAUUUGCAAACAAGUUGCACGUCGCAGAAAGACGACACUAAACUCGUUAAAACCGUCGAGAAAACCGUGAAUCCGUAUGGAUACCUCGAACUUAACAAUUUGGAUCUUGACGUUUCAAUCAAGCCAACAUGCCCAAACAUGUUUCCUGACAUGAAUAAAGUAAUAUGUAGCUUUUAUUCUAAAACUGAACAAACAGCCCCACAGCUCAUUUAUCAAGACGAAAAGGUUUCUUUGCUCGCCAACAAAACUUACCAUCCAAAGGAAAGUCAUUGUUCAAUCAGUAUUCCUAUCAAAUACCAUGUUGAUUCUGCUAAUAUUUUGGGACAUAACUCUGUUCAUGUUGAAUCAAUGGAAUCAGCUUCAGUCAGAAUCACCACUGGAUCUGGAGACAUCACCUCUAACAGCCUCAAAGGAGAUUUUAUAAGCUUACUCACCCAAACUGGUAAUGUUAAAUGCUCAGGCCUGUCUCAGGGAAGAAUUACCAUCCACAGUGGCAGUGGGGACAUUCACGGCCAGAAAUUUCAAGGACCUGCGCUAGUAGUUGCCACGAAUUCAGGAAAUAUCACGGCAGAAUCAGUGUACUCAGACGAGUCGCGAUUCGUUUCAGCAACUGGCAACAUCACGUUGAAAAAUCUUCACCGAAAAUGCAAUGUAAAAAUUACGAGCACUGGAAAUCUAACUGCUUCUGGUAUGGAUGGCAGUUUGGAUGCUCAGCUAGGCCAAGGCCAACAUCAAAUUCAAAUCAGUCAGCUGCAAGAAAAUUCCUCGAUUCGCAUCGUUCACGGCUCGCUGACGCUGAAAGUUCCAGUGGAUUGCCCUUUUGGCAUUCGUGUCACUGCUCGAUCGAUCGUGGUCACACCGGAAAAGAUGAAGAUGGGGAGUGUCGUGACCAACGGCGAAUGUAGCUUGUUCGAAUACCAGACAGACAACGAGGGCCAGCCGAUUAUUGAGAUCGAAGGCCAGAACAGCAGCGUUGUGAUAGAAAACCAAGAUUGGUACACGUCUUUGGGACUCAAGUUGCAGAAAUAGAAAGAAACGAGAUUACCUGCGUUCGGGGUAAAUAGGUGUAUUGUAUCUAGAGAGUGGACUAAUAAACACAAUUUCAUCUA